AUGGACCAAACACACACCCGGGCCCUGGAGGCUCUACAGCCCUUCAUCCAUUUGGCCACCUCGAACAGCGCAACUUCACCUCGUUUCGUAGCCAACAUCAUCACGAAUGCCACCUCAAGCCCACAGACCUAUGUCUUCGCCGAGCUGCUCGAGACAUCCACCAUCCAAGCGCUCAGGUCUCCUGACACCCCCGCCGAGUACCAAGGCUACCUGAAGCUCCUAGAGAUCUUCGCAUGGGGCACAUGGCAAGACUACCAAGCAACACCAAACCUUCCCAAACUGAGCAUCGAACAAACCCUCAAGCUCCGCCUCCUCUCCCUCCUCUCCCUAGCCGCAACCGUCAAACCCCUCACGUAUCAAGCCUUAAUGUCCGCUCUCUCGCUCUCCUCAACCGCCGAGCUCGAAUCCCUCGUCACGGCUGCCAUCUACGCCUCGCUAAUCUCCGCCCGCCUCUCCCCCGCCACAACCCCGCCUACCGUCACCGUCACAGCCGUCGCCCCUCUCCGUGACGUGCAGCCACAGUCUUUGCCCAAGAUGGUCACCCUCUUGACGGAUUGGGAGACUCGGUGCGGUGAGGUAGUCUCGGAUCUGGAGGCGGAGAUUGCGCGGGUGAAGGAGAAUGCGGAGAAGCGACAUGCCAAAGAGCGGGCGUACCAGACGCAUUUGGAGGAAGCGACGAAGCGGCGGCAGGAGGCGGUAGAAGGGUCAAAUGCUGGGAGUGGACGCGGAAGGGCUGGAGUGUACGGCCGUCGAGGGGGCGCGCGGCUUGGAGCUGGUAUGGGCAACAAGCGCGAGGCGGAUGAUAUUGACCAUGAUGAUGGGUACUGGGAGUCUGGGGACGGUGAAUCGGGGUCGCGCAUGGAUAUAGACGAGGGCGCAGGGUCUCGUGGGGGAGGUAGUAGGCAUUCGAAGCGUGUAGUGGGCCGCAAGGCAUAA